AUGUCUUCUCGUACCAUCGAUGCUCUAAAUCUUCCAGCCCCAUUUUCCGUAAUCCCUCGAGAAUCUUUGCUUUUUGGCUUCUCGCCCAUACAUCGCUUGGAUCGGAUUUCGGAUGACCUCUCGAAUGCGAUUAUCGGGUACAAAGUGAACAUCUACGCCAAACGCGACGAUUGUAACUCUGGAUUAGCUUUCGGAGGUAACAAGACGCGAAAAUUGGAAUACCUCCUUGCGGAAGCAUUAGAACAGGGAGCUGAUACGCUCGUUAGCAUUGGAGGUGUGCAGAGUAAUCAUACUAGGCAGGUAGCCGCGGUAGCAGCCAAAUAUGGAUUGAAGGCUAAACUUGUUCAGGAACACUGGGUCGACUAUGAAUCAUCCGUCUACUCCAAAGUCGGAAACAUUCAACUCUCGAGACUGAUGGGUGCCGAUUCAAACCUGGAUCAUGACUCGAAAUUCGGCAUCGAGCACAAACCCACAGCAGCCUCUCUCACAGCGCAAGUUCUGUCCGAAGGAGGCAAGCCUUAUUAUAUUCCUGCCGGAGCUUCCGAUCAUCCCCUAGGAGGAUUAGGAUUUGCCCGAUGGGCAUUCGAAGUGUACGCACAGGAGAAGGAAUUGGGUGUCUUCUUCGACACGGUUCUUGUGUGUGCUGUUACGGGGUCGACAUUUGCAGGGAUGAUCGCAGGGUUCAAAUUGCUUGCGAAAACGCAUCCGGAGGAUGGAGAAAGGCUGGGUAGGAGGAAAGUUAUUGGUAUUGACGCCAGUGCUACGCCUGCAGAGACAAGGUCUCAGGUGUUGAGGAUCGCGAAAGCCACAGCGGAGAAAAUUGGGCUCGGUGCGGAUGAGAUUGAGGAGGACGAUGUUAUCCUGGAUGAAAGGUAUCAUGCAGGAACAUAUGGCAUUCCAGACAAGCAGACGAUCGAGGCUAUACGCUACGGUGCGCGCAUGGACGCAUUCAUCACCGAUCUGGUGUACGAAGGUAAAAGUCUCGCUGGCAUGAUAGAUAUGGUGAAAAAAGGAGAGAUUCGCGCACUGGAUGGGGAAAAUUCCACGAAUAUUCUAUAUGCGCAUCUUGGGGGCCAGCUAGCGUUGAAUGCGUACUGGGAUAUGGAGGAGAGGGCUAUAUAG